AUGUACGACCUCCUCAAGGCUUCAGAUGGCUUGAUCGGGAAUGGCACAGGCAAUGCCAACGUCAAUGUUCGGUUUCGAAUGAUUGUCUUCCGGCCGUUCAAGGGCGAGAUCAUUACCGGUACUGUGCAGAAGUGCACGCCUACAGGCAUUCAAACGGUUACUACGCGAUUCUUCGAAGAUAUCUUCGUACCCCAAACCAUGCUUUUCGAGGGCUGUGUUUUCGACGAGGGCGAGCAGACAUGGGUGUGGAAGACAGAAGAAUCCGAGCUCUGGUUUGAUCAAGGGACUGUUGUCAAUCUCCGGGUCGAGGCAGAGAAAUGGCAUGAUCAAGCGCCGAAAGGGCCCAGCGCGAAUGGCGAGGCUGAAAAGCAGACGGAGCGCAAGGUCCCUUAUGCUAUUGAGGCUUCGAUGGCUGAGGCCGGACUGGGAGGUGUCGAAUGGUGGUGA